AUUGCGAGCAGACAGAAGAAGAUUUUGAUGAAAUUUAUUCAAAUGACUUUACGCUUUCACCGCAUAGCAUCAUCAAAAUAAGAGAAAGAGAGAGCACGAAUUUAUAAUCAUGUAAUCAAGCUUACUAGAAUAAAUCAUCCGUAUCGUAUAUGCAUUGUUCUUUUAAAAAGCUCUUAAUCAUAAUGCAUUCUGAAGUCAUGAGAACAAGAUUCGUAAUAAGUGCACUAGGGAUAUUAAUAUGUCAUUCGUAUUUUGGAAUAAUUCAAGAGAGGAUUACAAGGGGUAGAUAUGGUAAUAAAAUCAAUCAGGAUGGGAUGAUUGGAGAACGAUUUACAUGCACAUUGACUCUAGUCGCUAUUGAAUGUCUUUGCAACUUAAUUUUUGCUAAAGUUAUACUAACCAGACAGCCUCAAUCAAGUGAUGAUAAAACGCCAAGUUAUUAUUAUGCAUUGGCUGCACUAUCAAAUCUAUUGUCAAUGGUCAGUAGUAAUAUGGCAUUAAGAUGGAUCACAUUCCCUACACAAGUUAUUGCAAAGUCAGCUAAACCAAUUCCGGUUAUGCUUCUUGGUGUCUUAAUUGGCAGGAAGUCAUAUCCAAUGAGAAAAUAUUUCCAUACACUAUUGAUAGUGAUUGGUGUUACGAUCUUUAUGUACAAAGUUGAUGAUGAUUCAGCAAGAUCAGAAAGUACAAUACUUGGUCAAAUUUUGAUCCUUUUUAGUCUUUUUAUGAACGGCAUAAGUGGGGUUAUACAGGAUCGAAUAACAUCAGUUGGAAAUCCAUCAGCUGGUGCUAUGAUGAUGUGGGUUAACACUUGGUGCACGAUAAUACUCACAAUUGUAAUUUCAAUGACUGGAGAAUGGAUACACUUCUUAAAAUUUACAUCAUCUCAUCCCGAUAUCAUUAAGGAUCUGUUUCUAAUUUCCACAACUGGGGCAUUUGGACAAUUUUUUAUAUUCACGAUGAUUAGCAAUUUUGGAUCACUUCCGUGCUCCAUUGUAACAACAGUAAGAAAAUUUUUUGCAGUUCUUUUCUCUGUCAUGGUUUUUGGCAAUUCAUUAUCCAGGCUGCAAUGGUUUGGAGCUACUUUAGUAUUUGCGGGGCUCUUUGCUGAUAUGUUUGCAAAAGGUCGAAGAAAAAGUAAAGGUGAAUAAAUAUUUGUAAUAAGUAUAGAA